UGGCUGCUUCAGUUCCUUGGUUACAAAGAGGCCGGAAGUGUGACUUUCUUUUACACAUCUGCCUAACAGGACCGAUCAAGAGACCGAACAGACUUGAGGACGGUGCCGUCAUCGUAAUGGAGCCGUAGACCAUUCCCAGCACACAUCUUAGGGUUCUGAGUACAGAGCUGUGUGUUAAGAAUCGACCGAGGCCCUGCAAUAUAGCCUGCCUUAGUUUAUCCUGGAAAAGUUCUCCACGUUGUGGACGCCUAGGACUUUCUCCAGGGCCAUGGCGGACUCGAAGCUUCUGGCACCAGAGCUAAGCGACGCAGAGUCGAUGGGUGAUGAGACGGUGCGGUUUCAGGAGCUGCUCCUGCAGGCCUCCAAAGAGCUCCAGCAAGCCCAGACAGAGAGGCCAGAGUCUACACAGAUCCAGCCCCAGCCUGGUUUCUGCGUAAAGACCAACUCAUCGGAAGGAAAGGUUUUCAUCAACAUCUGCCACUCUCCCUCCAUCCCUCCCCCGGUGGACAUGACUGAGGACGAACUACUUCAGAUGCUGGAGGAGGACCAAGCUGGCUUCCGAAUCCCCAUGAGCCUGGGAGAGCCACAUGCUGAGCUGGAUGCAAAGGGCCAGGGCUGUGCUGCCUAUGACGUCGCUGUCAAUAGCAACUUGUACCUGAGGAUGCAGAAAAGCGACUUCCUGCGAGAGCUAGUGGUCACCAUCGCCAGGGAGGGCCUUGAGGACAAGUAUGGUUUACAGCUAAAUCCGGAAUGGCGAAUGUUGAAGUACCGGCCCUUCCUGGGCUCGAUCUCACAGCAGAACAUCCGUUCCCAGCAGCGCCCUCGAAUCCAGGAGCUGGGGACCGUGCAGGGUCCAGAACGGCCUCGCCUGAACCUUUGGUUGGAAGCCCCUGAUCUCCUCUUGGCUGAAGUUGACCUCCCCAAGCUGGCUGGAGCUCAAGGGCUGACACUGGAGAUAGGAGAGAGUCACCUGGUGGUGGGAGGUUCUCAGCGACUGUACCACCUCAGUGUUUCCAUUCCCCUGCGGGUCCAGCCUGAGGCGAGCAGGGCUGCUUUCCAUCACAGGAGAAAGCAACUGAUGGUGUCCAUGCCUCUCCUGCCAGUGUCGUGACCAGGGUCCCCUUCUAUUUCCAGAUGUGGAGCAGAUGUUGGUGUCUUCUCUAAAUGUGAAAUAAACAGUUUUCCCAGUUC